GAAUUCUUAAGAAAGUACAAUAAAAUUUGAAACAAAGCGGAGAAGCUGAAUACAAACAGGCGAGGACAAUCGAAGAAAGACAAAGUUACCUAAUACAAAAACAGAAUACGUAUUUCUAUCGACUGAGAGUAUUCACCUAUUAUACACAUAUAAAAUAUUAUAUUGAAGAUUAAUACAAGAGAUUAUUAUUAUCGAUCGCUGUUAACGUUAAGAGAUAUUCCAUGUUUCCGAUUAAUCGACAAACGAAUAUUUUAAUUGAUAGUUAAUGUUAAUAUAAAAUGAUGAAUUCCUAUCGGAUAAACGACUAUACAGUUAGCUUCGUUUGAACAAUUCUAUAUAGACGUUGAAAAUAGAAACGUAAUUGUACUGUCUGUUGUUGGGUCCAUACUUAAUAUCUUGUUACUCGUUGAGGAUAAAACACAUAAUUAAAACGAAAAGAAGAAAAAGAAGAAGUAGAAGGAUUAGAAAACUUUCGAUGUUCCUCUGAAUCUAAUAACCCGAAGGGAAAAUGAAUCUGGAAGUCGAACUCAUCGCAGGGGUGAUCAAGGGUGGGCCGCCCCCUAAACAUUUGCCCGCACCCAGGCUCAUCAAAAUCUUCAUCGCCGGGGAACGGAAUGAGUUCUCAGAAGAGAGGAAGCAAUUAUUGGAAGUCGUCGGUCCCGAGCUACAAUCGAUUUACGACGAUAUGGGAAUCGAGGUGCUGCUGGUGGAUAUGCACUACGCAACGAACGUAAAUCCCGACAGAAAUCCGUUUUUGGCUGAAGAGUUUCUCGACGAGAUUCAAGCCGCCCACAAACAUUCCAGAGGAUGUUUCUUCCUGCUGCUAAUAGGGGAUGAGUACUCGAGCGGCUGGGUGCCUCUGAAGUUGGCUGCUGGAACGUACGAAAUCCUGUCGAGCCUAAGCCCGGACCUGGACGAGCACUAUGAACGCGGCGGUGAUUGCUACGUUCUGAAAGCUGGCAGAUUGGAAACUGCGAAAGACAGUUGGCACAGUACGGAGCCAACUAUUAGGGAGGCUUUGAAGAAGGCAGCAGAGUCUGCGAUUUCUGAGAAACGUGAUAACGAAGAAAUCAGGAGUAUAUUGAAAAGCAUUGCUGAAACUCAGCUCGAACAUGCUUUAAAGUUGGACGAGUCGGGGGUGGGCGUGAUAGCAGUGACGCGGUCGUGGAAGGGUAGGAAGUGCCCGAAGGCAGCUGCCGCUUUCAAGUCGCUGGUUAACGACCGUCUGCCGUCGGACAACGUGAUUAACGUCGAGGUGGAACAGCGGCCGGGGGGGAUUAACCCGGACAACAGGUCGCACAAGGGCUACUUGGCUCACCUCUGCCGCUUGGUGGUGAACCGCGUGCAGACGUUGGUAAACGAUUCGAUCGAGGCUGACCCAGAGAUCAAGAGUAAGAAGAAAGUGGUCCAGGAGAUCUACGCUGAGAGUUUGAUGCAUUUAGCGCUGCUCAGGGAAAUCGAACCUUGCGGGGAUAACGAACACGUACGCAGGAUCAAGGAGAUUCUUAUUGCUGGUAAAUCGCAGAAGCACGGGCCGAUAUUGAUAAAAGGAGGGAAAUACUCGGGUAAAUCGUCACUGUUGUCGAGGAUUUACACGGACGCCUCUUCCUGGUUGGACAGUCCGACGUUCAGGAUCGUCCGGCUAUGCUCGUCCACUCCACGGUCCGCGUACAGCCUGGAGCUGCUUCGAGUGCUCUGUCAACACGUCGGCUUCCUUUCCGGCCUGUUGGACGGCAAUCUACCCAAGGACGCGUCGUUCGACCCGCUUUAUCUAAACAAUUGGCUCGGCCAGAUAAUGAGGCGCAUCGAGGAGGAGCCGAUCAAGGAACAGCUCGUGAUACUCAUCGACGAUCUACACAGAUUGCACCCUCUCGACUGCGACAUCGUCGCUGCUCUUUCUUGGCUGCCCCUCAACUUACCCCCGGGUAUGUUUAUUCAACCAGUUCGCGUGAUGAGUGGGAGACUGUUAUUCUCUUGGAGGCACCCGAUCAGAGAUCUAGCCAGAAAACGGUACUUCGCCGAGCAGAAGAUCUUGAAGAGUUACCAUGGCGAGCUGGCGAACCUGUUCUUCUCCGAAGACUUCGACGAGAAGGACGAGAAAUCGUCACCGGAGGAAGAAACGCCUAAAAAGGAGACACCGUUCCAGAGCAGGCCAAGGUCGCAGGACACGGCCUACAAUAUGAGACACGUUGAGGAAGCUUGGCUUCAUUUGCUCCGAGCUGGCGACGUUGAGAAGCUGAAGAAACUCGCGGUGUGCGCGUUCGAUUUCCUAUUGGCUGCCGUGCAAAUGAUCUCCGUGAGCUAUCUGAGGUGCGUCCUGGAGCAUUCGAGGAAAUAUCUGCUGGAGAGGGAUUUGGAACUGGUUUAUUACACCGUGAGGAAGUCCAGCGAUAUUUUGACCAGGGAUCCUCUGCAGCUUGGGGCUCAGCUGAUCUGCUGGCUUAGGCCUGUAGCCGAAGAUGGCGGAGAUUUGGUGAGAAAUUAUUUUCAUCUUGUAGGACACUCGAAUCCAAUAUCGUGCCUGGCGGUGACGCAACACUCGCAGUAUUUGCUGACGGGUUCUGAAGACACUUCGAUCAUAGUAUGGGAUAUGAAGGAAUUUAGCCUGAAGCUAAGGAUCCACGAGCACAUCGCGCCAGUCUUGUGCUUGACAUCCGCACUCAAGAAUUCCGUUAUCGUCAGGUACGGAAUUUUUCAUUGCACCCUC